AUGACUAGUAUAUACCGAGUACUCUGUAUUUAUUUCAUCAAAUUAUUUACUCAAAUAUUAUUAAAAUUGUUUUACGUUGCAUGUGAUCGAUCGAGCUGAGAUAUGGAGGUGGAGGAAGUGGAGCCAUUCCAUUGGUACAUAACAGCCCGUAGCGUCAAACUAUUCUUCAUCACCUUCUUCAUCUUCCUCCUCUCCUUUCUCCUCUUCGUCUUCCUCUUCAUCCGUUACAUUCGCAACCAAAUCGCCUUAUUCCCCGACGAAGACGACGAUGAUGUCACCAUACCCAGUGCCGACCCAACUGCAGCGAGACGGCAGCAGCAGACGAGCAUCCGCAGUAAUGGAACAGUCUCUUUUACUGCGGGUGCAGCUCUGCCGUCUCGCGAACGGUCAUGGUCUGGGGUGGUUGUUGGUCUUGAGGAGGUGACCGCCGGGACCCGCCCGCCGGUUUUCGGUCAGGGGAGGCCGCCGGAUGCCGCCGGUGGGACGGGGGCGGCGAGGAGGUUCGGGGGAGAGGAGUGCUGCAUAUGUUUGGGAGUGUUUGAGGAGAAGGAGGUGACUCACUGCACUUUGAAUGACCAGAGGGAGCAUUGUUCCUCUAGAGUGCUCUAUUUGCCCCACGGGCGUCCGGCCAUGGCCUUACCAAGAGAGGCAGAGACCCCGCCAAACUGGUGGAGGAUAGACCUAACUGCAUUCACCUCCAGCCUAAGGGACCCCGGCGUCCUCUUCUUCUUCCUCAUCUUCUUCUCCCUCCUCCUCCUCCUCCUCCUCCUCGCCCUCCUCUUCUUCUACUGCUUCCUCCGCGGCGGCAGGAGGCGGCGGGGCGAGUCCUCGUCUCCUCCUACCACCGCGGCGGAGGCGGCAGGGGACAAGGGACUGGACGAGGAGGCGGUGAAGAACCUCCCGGAAGCAAGGUACGGGUCUCUGGAGAUGGUGGGGAGGAACGAGUGCUCGAUAUGUCUGGGGACGUUCGAGGACUCGGAGACGGUUAAGGUUAUGCCGGAGUGCGCCCAUGUGUUCCACGGCGGAUGCGUAGAUGCUUGGCUUGUGAACCGUUCCAGUUGUCCCCUCUGCCGGGCUUCUCUUGAUUCCACUACCUCCUCUGUACAUGUUGAUCUUAUAUAGAUUUAUUAUAUUUUCUGGAUUCCAAACACAAAAUUUCAUUAUAGAUUUGGACUCAUUAUUCCGAUCCGUAUAGAUGUUUAAGGGUGGUUUACUGAUUUCUCAUUAUGGUUUGGGUGAAGCUCUAAGUGAGAUAUUUUUGAUUAGAUAUUUUUCCGAUCCCCUCAACUUUCUACUCCCUCCCUUCCAAUUUCAAGUUCUUUAUUUGAUUUUGUACAAAAUUUAAGAAAAAUGAAAUUAUACAAUUAAA